AUGAAAGCGUCCAGAACGUCAAGACACGCUACUCCCAACAAGCCCCCCGACAGCGUGCUUUUGUGCUCGAUGCUCGUCACACAACUCGCUUGCCAGCACCGCGUACCAGCUGUCCUUCUGACUGACGGUAUAGACUUCAGUGUAUACCCAACCAACGUGCCUCUACCACAAGAGACUGCUCAUGACUCAAUGCAUAUCCGCCAAGGCGCGCUGCAUUGCAUUGGCGCCAAUACCGUUGCCGCUGCCGCACUUGAGCGCUGCGAGAACAGUGCCCAGGCUUGGCAGGUGCUCAUGGCCUCCCGAGCGAGGAGAGCACUCGGUGACGCACUGGUAUCGAAAAUCUCCAAGAAAUGUCUUGCUGUGGGUCGAAACUAUGUGGAGCACGCUAAAGAAAUGGGUCAUGAAGUGCCUAGUGUUUCCCAGGAACCGUUUUUCUUCAUGAAACCUACGACGUGCUAUUUGCGCGAAGGGAGACCGAUCCUCCUGCCAAUUGGCUCUGAGCCAGAGCACGAGGUUGAGCUAGGACUUGUCAUAGCGCGUAGGUGCAAACGUGUGCCUAGAGAUGCAGCGUUUUCGUUCAUUGCGGGGUACCUCGUUUGCAUAGACGUGACAGCGCGACGCUGGCAACGCGAGGCGAAAGCCAAAGGACUACCCUGGACACUAGCGAAAAGCGCUGACUCGUUCCUGCCCAUGUCUCGCUUUAUUCGACGUGAGGAGGUGCAUGAUCCACAACGGCUGUGGCUGUGGCUGAAAGUUAACGGGCAGCUUCGCCAGCGUGGUUGCACUGUCGACAUGGUCCACGAUAUCGCUAGUCUCGUGCACUACGCCUCGCGGUGGAUGACCCUCGAGGAGGGCGACAUCAUCCUAACCGGCACGCCAGCUGGUGUGGGGCCCCUCUUGCACGGCGACAUCGUCGAAGCCGGGAUCGAGGAACUCGUCUCCAUGAAGUUCGUAUGUGAGACGGACACAGGCUCGCCGAUCUAA